AUCGCACCCAUAUCAAUAUCAGUUUGUCUUUCGCAGGGGCAAGAUCGGACAUUCCCCUUUAAAAAUUCUCCGAAAUUUAAUAUCUUAUCUGUCAUGCCACUGAAGUUGUCUAUAAUUUGGCUGCCUGUGCUCCUGUUCAGUUGCCACUUGAUGGCGGAUAUUCCGCAAUGUUUUCGUUUCACUUGGAUCGGUGCCUAUGAAAAUCACUCGAAUGUUCAAUCGGAAACCUGUGAGACAAGAGUGGGAGACUUUAAUGAGAUCCCCUGUUCGAUGCCUCUGGUAGUGACACCCGAUGACACAGUGCCGGAUGUCAAGGCCUUGUGGCAAAAUCAAACAGAAGACCGAGAAAAGUUCCUCUGCCAGAUGUCUCCCGGGUAUUCUUGCGUAAAGUUCUCGUACAUUUUCAAGGGUGGCAUCCAAAAUAUCACAUACAUGGCUGCCAAAGUGAAUACAACCAACGGGUGCUACACUCAGACUAAGGAGAAUGGCAUGCAGGUGGAGGCCUGUGUCUGCACCUCUAGAGUCGGACUGCAACCCUGUAAUGGAUCUGCAAACAACAAACCAACACUGGUAAUGGGCUGGGCGCUGUGUUUGAUCGGCUCUUAUCAAUUGCUUAAUAAAUAUCGAAUACUUUGAACAAUGCUUUUGACUGGCAAUGUAAUGUGA